AUGUAUAACAUUGCUCUACGUUUAUUCGAUUUUGUUUUUAUGAUUGAUGGUUUAGGUGAUGUGGAUGAUGAUGAUGGUAUUGGUUUCGAAGUUGGUGAAGAUGAAAAUGAUGUUGUUAAAAAUGUUGGUGAAGAACAUAUCUUCAGUUUUACUGGUACUUGCUGUACUUGUACUCGUCCAAUGACUGGUGAAGAAGAUGAAGAUAGUGAUGAUGAUGUUGAUGUUAAAAAUGAUGGUAAAGAUGAUGAUGUUUCAUCACUGAAUAUCGAAUCAAUGGAUGCCAUUUAA